CGUCAUCCGUCAAUACCUCAUGUUUACUGUGUUUUCCAACAUGGUGGAUGAGAUAGCGUUGAAAGAAAUGAUGGACAAAGAUUUACCAGAAGUCAUUUCAUCCAUGAGAGAAAUGGGUGAAAAGAUUUCAGAUAUAAACCAUCAUGCAGAAAGCUUACUAGUAAAAAUUACAAGUGGAUCAUUGGCAACAAAAAAGGGUGUGAGUUUUUUAGAACUUAAGUUUCAUCUUCUCCUUAGCUAUGUUAUCGAUCUCACUUACUACUUGUUAACAAAAACUGAUGGGAACUCAUGGCAGGGAGAUCCAGCUGUGGACAGAUUAGUUGAAGCACGUACAGUUUUGGAGAAACUGAGACCAAUUGAUCAGAAAAUGAAAUAUCAGAUUGAUAAAAUGAUCAAGACUGCUACAACUGGAACAGUCUCAGGUGCUGAAAUUGAUCCUUUGAGAUUUAAGCCAAAUCCAGACAACAUGGUUUCAAAGCUUGACGAUGAGGAUUCACAGAGUAGUGAUGAGGAAGGUGCCCCUAAAAAAUCCAAAGUUUAUGUUCCUCCAAAAGUAGCAGCUGUUCCGUAUGAUGAUAAAGAUGAUAAGAAGACUAGGAAAGAGAAAGAUGAAGAAAGAUCUAGGAAAAGGGUUUUGACUAGCUCUGUUUUACACGAUCUGAGAGAUGAAUACAGUGAUGCACCACAAGAAAUUCGGGAUGAAACUGUUUCGCGUUGGAGAAAACAAAAAGAGAAGGACGAAGAAGAGGAGCGAACGAGAUAUGAAGAGGAGAAUCUACUUCGCCUACCAGCCAAGAAGAAGAAAAAGAUAUCAGAGCGUGCCCAGUCAGGCAUGGACGAGCUGACCUCAUUCGCUGAUUUGUCUGUAUUAAAUGACGAUGAAACGAGUGGUGAUUACUCAACCAGAUCCAGUUCGCGCAGUAAAACAUCAAAAUCUAAGUGGAAGAAAAAACGUGGAGCUACGAAGAAGGGAAAGAAAGGGUUCGCUGGAAGACGCCGAAGAUGAAACAAGAAAUCAACGAGGCGAAUUGAAUGAUUAAAAAGUGAAACGUUUUCGCGGUCUUUAUUUUUUGUGUUUGUUUCUACAUUGUUUUCACUCACUUUUUUGGCAGACUUCACAUUCAAUCGCAGCACUUAAAAGAUACUCGCCAUAUUGGAGUUUAGCUAAAAUCAACUGGAGAAACAUCGACACAAGCAAGUAAUCCCACCUAAAUGAACUUGAUAAGAAAAUCUAGGCUCAAGGGAUCCGGUAGCCUGUUGGACCGGCGUAUUUUGCCAGUUGCAGAAGAGCGGAGGCGCGCACGAGGCACAAACGGGCGCGUCUUGUACCUCGUUCUUUCCUUGAUACUUCCUCUUUCCAGCCUCCCCACAUCUGAAAAGCGUAAAAAAAAUUAAUAACACCCAUUGGCCCCUAUUUCUACGGAGAAAGUCUCGUGUAUAUCGUGCCUUGCUGGGAUGUUUUCACGAAUUAAUUGUCCACUAUAGCGUGAUUCAGUCUUAUAUGCUGGUAUCUUAACAGUUUUUUGUUUCACAUUUCCUGCAACUGCUAAGAAAGAAACGUGUUUAUUCAGUUCUCGUCGGUUUGUUGUAGUGACUGCGAUAAGAUGUUCUACCUUUUGAACUUGCGUCAAUUUCAUUCGACCAAAGCCAGGAACCUGUUGAUGUGGUGAAUAAAUGAAUAAAGGUGUAACUUAAUCACA